AUUGUUCCAGAGUAGCGCGGUAGCGCGGAUCGACUCGAGCAACACCGACCGACUCUGUCGCGAUUGCACGGUUGCACUUGGGGCCACAACCGACCACCACGGCCGCUCCGUCAAAAACAACCGCGAUCAACAAAGCCUUUGAGAUUUCAAAACUGAUUCGUGCACGUGAGAAUAAAGCGUCUUCCCGAAGUCCUGCGUCCCAAAACCACGGCUCACGCAGCGUCCGAUUUCUCGCGAGCCCGGUCACCAUCAUGCUGAGCAAACGCAUUUUUCACGCGUCGACGACUCGAUUUAUGAAAAGCCAGCUAAAUGUGCAGCUUCGGGGGACCGUGUGAUACUACCGACGCGAUCAAAGCCUUCCACCUUCGCAUUCAAGAUGACCAUUCGUGUUUUCGUCGAAGCAAGUCCCCUAGAAGUCGACCUCGAAUUCCCGAACGGCAUCGAAAAAGGUGGAUGUCUCACGCUGGUUCUUACGGGCCCAGGUCAGAAGCUGUGUGGUGAAGAGAAGUUGGGCAUCCAAUUCAGCCAUGUCAACAAUGACAUCAUACCCGUCGUCAGAACUGUCACUGUGGAAGAUGACUUGUCUGCAUGUUUGCAAACUUUGCAGAAGGUUAGGAUCGAGGCAAUACCUGAUGAAACAGGAACCAUGCCCUGCGUCGUCAGGCUGGUGCCCAAAGUGUACCAGGAGAAACAGGACACAGAGCAGGACCUGGAGUUCCCUCCCAUUGGCAAGGUCCUGGACUGCCUGCCUGGGAGCCCCACCAUGUUCCCCGCCGGGUCUCCCGGGCUCUCUGAAGCCAGCUCAGUCGAUGAUGACAGCCUGGGCAUGGAGAUGCAGGGAAACGACAGCACCAACUCCGAAGAUUUGAGAGACGUCCAAUGCCUACUGUUGGAUGGCUCCGAAGACGUCGAUAACCCGCAGUAUUCGCCAGGAACAAGUGCGGAGCCGGCCAGCAGCCUCUGCCUGUGCACCGUGUGCGACUUCGUCACUGCAUCUCCAGAGGAGCUGCGGAUCCACAUCCGGCUGCACGCGAUCCAGGGAGAGCUCUGCUGUAAGGUGUGCAAGGAGGAGUUCCACACCAUGGCCCAGUUCAAGGAGCACUGCGACGGCCACACUGCACCGCCCGCGCGCCAGCUGUUCAGCUGCGAGCACUGCCCCAAGGAGUUCCGCUCGCAGGGCGGCCUGGAGCGCCACCUGGAGCACCGCUGCUCCGGGCGGCAGGAGCAGGCAGCAGGCGCCACGGAGAGGGGCUCCCCCAUGCUACGCUGCUGUGCCUGCAGCCGCACCUUUGCGUCAGCGUCCGCGCUGCAGGCCCACGAGCAAUCCCACUUCGAGGGGCCACCCCGCUCGGAGCACUGCUGCGCGGAGUGCGGCAAGGGCUUCGCCAGCUACAGGGGCCUGCGCAUGCAUCAGCGAAAGCACCUCAGGGCCUCACAGCUGGAGGCGGCAUCUCAGCUGGCAGACGUCCCCCCAGAGCUCGCCGACGCCCCGGCGUCGGAGACCACGUUGCUCUUGGAAGAGACCGUAGCCGAGCUUGGUGGGGCCGCGGCGGAGGCCACAUUGUCAUCGUUUGACUGUCCGCUGUGCGGCAAGCAAUUUGAUCGGGAGAUCAAGAGGGACCACCACGUUGUGCGCAAGCACACCAAGGCCUACCCGCUGCAAUGUACCAUGUGCCGCAGGGGCUUCAUGUUCCGUAAGAACCUGGACAAGCACUUCCAGGACAGCCACAGCUGUCACUACUUGAUGACCACAUCCACCGACCCUGAACUGUCCCAGCUCAAGUGCAACUACUGCGCCUUCUCCACGUCUGCACUGGAGCAGAUGCAACAGCAUCUGGGCGGACACCCCGAGAUCCGCUUCUAUGCCUGCGAACACUGUGACAAGGAGUUCACGAGCGAGGUGCGCUACCGGCGCCACGUGGAGAGCCGCCAGUGCGAGCUGAAGCCCCAGUGCGACGUGUGCGGCAAGUGCCUGAGCAGCCGCACGGCCCUGCGCAACCACCGGCUGUGCCACGGCCAGGACAAGGGCUUCGGCUGCCAGGCGUGCGGACAGUGUUUCAAGACGCAGACCACCCUCAAGUACCACCUGCAGGCCAAGCAUGGGGAGCUGAAGUCGUUCAAGUGCGAGCACUGCUCCAAGGGCUUCAACUUCCUGUCGCAGAAGAAGCGCCACGUGAGCCGGGUGCACCUGCGCCAAACCAACCACUCGUGCAGCCUCUGCCCCAUGAAGUUCAUGACCAAGCGCGAGCUCAUGCUCCACCUGCUCUGCGGACACAAGUUCCAGCCGUCGCUGUCGGAGAAAGGAGCAGCUCUCAUGCCCGACGGAACGCGUGCCCCGAACCUGAAGCUGUUCCAGUGCGAGCACUGCGAGUAUGCGUCGUACAGCCGCAAGGGCUACCUGCGGCACCUGGUGGACCACACGGGUGUGUGGCCCUUCGCCUGCGACCUGUGCGGCAAGGGCUUCAUCGAGCGCAACCAGGCGGAGCGUCACAUCCGUACCAGCCACACCACCGAGAGCUACCCGUGCCCCAACUGCCCCCGGGUUUUCGUGCUGCCCUCCAGCUUCCAGGAGCAUUUGCAGGCCCACGAGGAGCAGCGAGGCUACGCCUGCCCACAGUGCGGCAAGUACUUCGAGACGCAGGGCCUCUUCGACCUGCACCUCCAGGCUCACUCGCGGGAGCUGCACUACCGGUGCCAGGCAUGCGGGCAGGGCUUCAGCAAGAUCGCCUCGCUCAACUUCCACAUGAUCGUGCACAAGCACGAGAAGGGGGGCCCCAACACGUGGGCGUACGCCUGCGACGUGUGCAAAAAGCGCUUCAAGUACCCGGGCAGCCUGGCCGCCCACAAAUACAAACAUGCCCAGGAGCUGGUGCACCAGUGCGACCUGUGCCAGGUUACCCUGCGCACCCAGGGCCUCUUCGAGGCCCACAUGCGGCGCCACCGGGGCGAGAAGCCCUUCAAGUGCCCCUACUGCGAGAAGGCCUUCACGCUAGCCAUGACCCGCCGCCACCAUGUGACCCGCUUCCACACGGGCGACUACCGCAUCUUCUGCCCGCUCUGCCGCAAGGGCGUCGUGUCCAACAAGAUGCUGAGGCGCCACCUGUACCACGUGCACGGCACGGUGCUCGCCAAGCGGGGAAAGGCACUCCCGCAGCUCCACUCGGAGGACGUGCUCACCGAGGGGGCGCUUGGGGAGGACGGUGCCGCCGCUCUGGUGGCGGCCGGCGCCCUGCCCGAGGGGGCGCUUGAGGCGCUCGCGGCGGAGGACGGCCUGCCCGAGGGCACGCUGCUACUCGGCACAGUGGAGGCAGUCGUCGAGACUGCGGACUUUCAGUGACGCUGACGAAUAAAGUGUAGUUUUUACAA